AUGUCUGCUCGUACGUUCUGCUGCCAUUUGGUGAUAGUCACUCCCAAAAUGAAGACCCUGCUCGUUCUGGUUGCCGUCUUGGCAUGUGUUCUGGCUGAAGUACCUUUGUACAAUCUCUGUGAUGAAACUUCAAGUAACAUCUGUGAGAUUAACGAAGUACGUAUAAAUCCCUGCAAAGACAAGAAAGCCUGCAAGUUCAAGAAAGGUUCCCCUGCAUCGAUAUCUUUCGACUUUACGCCAAAGUUCUCAGCGUCCAAGCUGAAGACUGGUCUGUUCUGGGCGAGUGAUGGUGGUGAUGUUCCCUUCCUCGAGCUGAGCGAUGCUGAUGGCUGCCAACUCACGAGCUGCCCUGUUGAAGCUGGAAAGAAACAAGACUUGAACUACAGCUUAAGACUGUCCAAGAAGUUGCCCAAUUUAGACCCUUGCCCGGAUGGUCCUGAACUCUGCAAAAUCAAACGAGAGGAACCUUAUACAAUCGCAUUUGAUUUCACCCCGGAAUUUGAUGCGAGGACAUUAAAAGUAGCGUUACUAAGUGAUCCUAACAAUACUACGAGUUUCUCGAGAGCUGUGACUCAGUUACACAACGGCUGUGAGUACACCAAGUGUCCGAUUGAGAAGAAGACUAGGAACAUCAUGGAAUUAGACUUCGAAUACUACAUGAAGUCAGAAGGUAAGUUUCCUCUCCAGUUGAGACUGUGGAAUGAUGAAGACGACUCCGAUAUGUGCUGUUUUAUAUUUGAUGUCAAUGUUUUCAAAUAG